UUUCAGGUGAAAAAAAAGAAGAAAGAAAGAAAGAAGGAAAGACAGAAAGAGAAAAAAAAUAUCCCAGAUAUGCUGCCGUCGCUGGGAAAAACAAACAGCCAGGCAGGCAAUUAAAGAGGAGAGCACCGAUCGGCCGCCAGGUAAGGUGGAGGACUCCGCCACCCAUCCGUCGCCGCUUGAUCGGUGUGUUUUUGAACAGUUGCUGCGGGUGAAUGCCAUUUGUCGUGUGGUCGGGUGCCAUAGCAACGGCUCGUGAGAAACAUAUAGCCCAGGUCGGUUUGACGCGCUCGGUGUUGGAUGACAGCUGCGUUCAUGCGGACAAUUCGCUCAGUCGCAACUCCUGCAACACACCGCCGUCGCCGCCGCGUCUCGCCGCUGUCUGGAGCCGUGCGUGAGCUGAUCGGACCAAAAAUCCACCGAGAAGCCUAAAACAAGUAGCCGCGGAUGCACUGAGAGAGAGAAAGAGAGAGAGAGAAAGAGAGAGAGAGAGGGAGAGAGAGAGAGGGAGAGAGGCAUGACACUUAUCUGGAAACAUAUAUGAUUUAAUCCACACUCGACAGUCUGGGGGCCAGAAAGGAUUGUAAAGCAAGGGUUGGUGCUGAUGCGCGUUUCCUUGCCAUUAUUUAUUUAUUUAAUUUUGUUUUUAAUCGCCGUGCCCCGGUGUGGCUGGCGCGUCUCUCGGCUGCAUCAGCGCCUGUUGCUCCCCAUGCGCGGCCAAUGCCAGGAUAUUAAUUCUCCCUGAGAUGUGCUGUCUCCGCCUCCCCCCUCCUUUCAAAGUCAAUGUCCACUGUUGUCAUCCAUUUGAGCGAGAGGUGCUGCUGUCUUGUACAUCUUGGUCUGUUUCCGUUCCCUAACGUGAAAGCUCCGUCUGCUCUCAAUGAAAAUAAACAUGUUGGCGGCUAGGUCUAAAGACAACGCAUCUGGUAAGAGAAUGAAUGCUGACGAAUGUAAUGGACGCUCAUAUCCACAAGGUAAUGGAGGUGAAUCAUCAGCAGAACAGGAUUUUUAUGCUGGGUUGCGGGCCACUUCUGCAAGAUCUCCUAACAGCCAGCUGUCCUCGCCCCAUCGCUCCCUAAGUGGCUCCAUUAAGGUUGAGCUGUGUAGCGAUGAAGAGUCUUCAGGUGCCCGACAGUCUGAGAACAAAGAGGCUGUGAAGAGCGACAGUGGGAAAGAUGAUAGAGUGGGUCCUGCUGAAGAAGGAGGUGCAGCGUUUGGCAGAAUCGGGGGUGAGGGAGGGAACAUUUACAAUGAGAUGGCUACUCCUAAUUCUGCCUCUCCGGGUCCUAUCCGGCUGCCCAACGGGAAGCUGCAGUGUGAGGUGUGCGGGAUGGUUUGCAUCGGACCUAAUGUGCUGAUGGUCCACAAGCGCAGCCACACAGGAGAGCGUCCAUUUCAGUGCAACCAGUGUGGAGCCUCCUUCACCCAGAAGGGCAACCUGCUGCGCCACAUCAAACUUCAUUCAGGGGAGAAGCCUUUCAAAUGUCCCGUUUGCAACUACGCCUGCCGCCGGAGAGAUGCUCUUGCUGGUCAUCUGCGAACUCAUGCAGUUACUUCCCCGACGGUGGGAAAACCUUUCAAGUGCAGCUACUGUAGUCGCAGCUAUAAGCAACAGAGCACACUGGAGGAACAUCUGGAGCGCUGCCAUAGUUAUAUAAAGAGUCUGGACUCUGCACAGAUGCCACCGGGUAAGGAGUCAGUAAAUAUGGAGACCAUCACUAAACCUGUACUGCAGCCGUCCAAUGAGAAAAGGCCGUUUGUGGACAGACUGACUGUCAGCAUAACCAAGCGCAAGAGGUCAACACCGCAGAAGUUUUUGGGAGAAAAGCACAUGCACCUUGAACCACCAGAAGCACCUUACGAGCUGUCCUCUGGCUCUGAAAAGGAAGGGGAUCUUAUGAGUUCCCAUUUUGCUGGAGACUCAUCCAGUCUGGUGAAUUCAUACCUCCAAUUUGCGAGAGGUAAAGCCGAGAACCACGAGUCACCCUCGCUGCCUCAGCUCCAACCUGGUUUUGUGGCAGAGCUUCAAAAUGUUGUGGGUUCCCUCAACAGUAGUGUGGUUCCUCAGGGCCCCCGAGCCCACGGCGGAGUCGUGCUUGCACCAAUAUCGCUUGGUCUCCCUGGGCGAGAGGCAGGCGAAGGCCGUGGUGACCAGCCCUCUGCACACAGCCACACCACCUCGCCCAAUGGUUGUCCUGACUCUACGGACACAGAGAGCACAGCGGAAGAGCAGAGCACAAGGGCUACAGCCCCUAUGAGUACCUCCAACAACCAUCACCUCCACUACCUGACCCCAGCACUGCCCCGCAGCCAUCCAACCGCCAGCCACACCCCCAGCCCCAGCCAGGCCAAAGACUUGGACGGAGAGUGGGACAGAGGGGGUCCGGUGACCCUGGGGGUAGUAAAGAGGAACCCAGGCUCGCCUCUCUCCUCCAGGAACAGUUUGCAGGUUUUAGACAGGGCAGGCAGGCCUGUGCGCUCCUUCUACUGCCGACACUGCUGCAUCCUCUUCCUGGACCACGUCAUGUACACAAUCCACAUGGGCUGUCACGGCUUCCGCCAACCAUUCGAGUGCAACAUCUGCGGCCACCCCAGCCAGGACCGCUACGAGUUCUCAUCUCACAUCAGCCGAGGAGAGCACCAGAAUGGUUACGGCGAAUAUAACAAUGACAGUAACUGACCAUCUGAUUUAUGUGGUGGGUUUUUACUGGAGCCGGCCUUCUGCACCUUGGUUUGGGACUGCGGUGGCUGCAGCUGAGAUUUUAAACAAGUUUCAUACUGUAAGUGAUUUAAGAAAUUAUUUAAAGAUGAAUUAUUAGCAAAUCAGUUUGGAUCUCUUCUGUUAUUAUCUCACUUGUGAUUAUCUACUUAGUGUUGUUUGUUUCUGCCUUUGUGUAUUUAAUCAGCUAUAUUCCAAAUCUUAUCCAGCAUACUCCUCAAAGUCCAUGAAAUGUUACCUCCUGCUUCUUUAUAGCACCCAAAUACCUUAUUGCUACAGUAUGGUGAAUGAUUUGAUGAUGUUAACAUUGGGAACAUGAAUGAAACCAAACUCAGUAUUCUUAUUAUUGUUGGUUUGCUGCUUUAUAGUUUAACUUGAGUUUCUUUACUAGCAAGCAAAAUGUACUUGAAAACAGUUAAAAAAUAUAUAUAAAAAUGCACUUGGGUUUGAAAUGUAUGUGUGUGUGUGUGCGUGCGUGUGUCUGUGUGCGCGCGAAUGGACUAUAGCAUGGGUGCUUGUCAUUUUCUGCUUUUACCUGAAUUGUGAAUUAUUUUUGAAACGUGAAGUGGAAAUGAGGCAUGGGUUUUUAUUGGUGCCCUCCUCGCGUUGACUUAAUGUUCUAAGAAAAAAAAAAAAAAAACCUUUGUGAAUGAUGUAACAUAACAAAAACACUUUUACCUCAAAGUUCGAGAUGUACAACUGCCUCAUUAGUUCAAUAAAACUUAAAAAAGAAAAAAAGGUCAUGUCGCUUUCCAAGAUGUUCUUGCGGCUACAGAUUGCGUGCUCCUUGAUAUUUUCAAAAGUUUUUACUGUCAAUAAAGUUGCAUUUAUUGUAAAAAUUGA